AAAUGUGGUCACUAUAGGCCAAAUUCAGUUGCUUAAUGGAUGGAAUUAUAAGAAGUGGAGAAACCAAGUUGAAUUUUAUCUGUCUAUGCAUCAAAAUAUGGAUCUUUGCUUGAUUGAGGAACAGCCAUUAGAGCUAGACACUGAGAGCACAGAAGAAGAUAGAAAAUACUAUAAGGAGUGGUAUAGCGCCAACAGGAAAGCCAAAAAUGUGAUAAGAACCUCUAUGUCUGACACAGUUAGGGGCUCGAUCAUUGAGCCAGAGCUUGCCAUGGAUUUCCUAGAAGCCAUAGGAGAUAAAUAUCAGGAGAGUGACAAAGCUGAGGCUGCUAGGCUAUCCAAAAGAUUUAAUGAGCUGGAGUUUUCAGGAAAAGGAAGUGUGAGGGAGCACACUAUGGAGCUGAUUGACCUCAACUCGAGGCUGAGGGAUUUAGACAUGGGAGUUAAUGAAAGACUCUCAGGUGGUUCAUGUGGCACUUCAGUCAUUGCCUAACACCUACAGUAACCUGAGAACCUCUUACCAUGCCCAAGAGUCUAACUGGGACUUGAACAAGUUAAUUUCUAUCUGUGUAGUAGAGGAAGAGAGAAUCAGGAAGGAAGGCAGACCAGCUACUGCAGUCAACCUAGUUGAGAAGCCUAAGUGGAAGAAACAGAACAAAUUUAAGGCCAAGAAGACUACCACCACUAAAGUACCUGGCAAACCUGCAGAACAUAAAGCUGAGAAACCUUUUAAGUUUAAGUGCUAUUUUUGCAAGAAAAUAGGGCACAUGAAGAGAGACUGCAGUGGUUUCAAGGCUUGGAUGAUAAAGAAGGGGUUUAACAAACAGGAGGACACCAAAGAAAAGUGAGGUCCAAGUUUGUGUGGGAAAUGGUUCGAGAGUAGCAGUUAAGGCCAUUGGGACUCUGAAGAUUGAU